AUGUCUCGCCGCGAAGAUUCCAAGGCUAGGGAUGACACUGUCACCGUUAACGUUGAAGAUUUUACCCGCACUCGCGACAGUGUUGUCUCCAGCCUAGUGCAACUGUCGGCCGCGGUCUCUGAGCUGACCAAGGCCUACCUCAACCAUGCCGACACUGUCCUGGGUCGCACCCCCACUGCUCUGGACAUCAGUAGCAUCACCGGCAUCACCAGCUCCCUGUAUGAGUCUGGUCUGCUUGGUGCGCGCGCUACCAGCCCUGGCGCCAAGUCCGAAGUGGGCGAGAAGAAGAAGCGCAAGCGUGCUCCCCCGGACCCCAACGCUCCCAAGCGCGCCUUGACUCCCUUCUUCCUUUACAUGCAGCACAACCGCUCCCGUAUUGCUGAGGAGCUGGGUCCCAAUGCCAAGCCCAAGGAGGUUUCUGACGAGGGUACUCGCCGUUGGGCUGAGAUGCCUGAACCCCAGAAGGAGGUCUGGAAGAAGCUGUAUGCGGACAACCUUGCCAUCUACAAGGAGAAGGUGAAGGCCUACAAGGCUGGCCUCCCUUACUCGGACGAUGCCAAGGCUGCCAGCCAGCUGCACCAGGGUAUUGAGGGCGCCGAGGCCACCGAGGCGUCUGAAGAUGAGGAGCAGGAAUCCGAGGAAGAGUCCGAGGAGGAGUCUUCUCCCGAGCCGGUCAAGGAGCCCACUCCCCCGCGCAGCACCAAGCGUCGUCGCAGCGAGGGCAAGCCUGCUGCCAAGGAGGCACCGACCCCCAGCGAGAAGAAGAAGGAGUCUCCCGAGAAGAAGAAGCGUGGCGCUGCUGCUCGCAAGGAGAAGGAGCAGGAAGAGACCCCUGCUCGCAAGGCUGCAGGUGGCGAGAACAAGCGCGCCACCAAGAAGAAGCGCAAGAGCGAGGCCGGUGCUGAGGAGUAA